UCGUCUGCGAGCAAGACUGUCGGACUGUACAGAAGUGUGCCAAAUAAUUAAUUUCUGUAAACUAUAACAGCUAGUUAGCUAGCUAUGUAUUUUCGUCAGGUUCUGCGGACGGUGGUCGUCGGGACCAGAACGGCUCACCUCAACCGCUUGCACCGUGUUUGUCGAGCCGAGGUAGCUGCUCUAAAAAUAAACCGUCUUAUUCUCACAAACAUUUUUAUUUCGUUAGCUGCUGCAGAACAUUUUGACAACAACUGUCCCACCAGCCCUGGUGGUGGUUCUGGGAAACCUACACUGCCCUGCCACCAACAGAGACCACUGUGCACCAAAAGCGACGAGGUGAGGCUGGCAGAGGAGGCCAGCAAGAAGUAUGGCUCCCCGGCCCCAACCAUCUUCUCCAAAGUGAUUGACAAAAGCAUCCCUGCAGAUAUUAUUUAUGAAGACGAGAAGUGUUUGGCAUUCAGGGAUAUCAGCCCACAGGCCCCUGUUCAUUUCCUGGUCAUUCCAAGGGUCCCUAUUCCCAGAAUAAGUGAGGCCAAAGAUGGUGAUGCAGAGCUAUUAGGACAUUUGUUGGUCGUCGCCAAAAAUGUGGCAAAGCAAGAGUCUCUAAAUGAGGGAUACAGAGUGGUGAUCAACGAUGGAAAGCACGGCUCUCAGUCAGUUUACCACCUUCACGUCCACGUCCUGGGAGGAAGACAGAUGACGUGGCCACCGGGAUAAUGGUUUCAUGUGUAUGUUAGUCUUUUCUGUCUCUGUUUUGUGUUUAAUUUUGUGUGACUUGAUAUAUGAUGGGUGUAGUUCAAAAAUCAUUUUCUCACCACAUUUUUCAUGCAAAAUCUCACUUCAUUGCACAGAAUAUGACAUGUAAAUAUGUUGAUCUUGACAAAUGUAAAAAUUAAGAGUAAAGUAAUUAUGUUUGAUACGGCUGCAAAUAAAGACACUGU